GCUCUCUUUUUAGCCUGCAACACCCAUGUCGGAACCGCCUCCAGUUAAGGUCUCCACCCCAGUAGACGAAUCAGCUGCUUUGCUAGCCCAUUCCGAGUCCAACCAGAGCUACACAAACACCACCCCGAACGAUGAAGAAAGCGCUCCGGAAGCUGAUCCAAACAUGAAACGAGGGGCUGGAGAGAUCAUUUUCUAUACCGGUUGCGUGUUCGUUGGACUCGUUCUUCUCGUUCUGCUCUUCAAGGGAUUCAUUGAGAAUGAUGAUCUGCACUUUGACUACAAAAAGGCUUUGAAGUCUGCUUUGGGAGGAGGGUUGAGCGGUGCUGCUGCGAUGGUUCUCCAAGUUCUAACACUAAUGCCUCUACGUACGGUCAUGAACUACCAGUAUCGAUACGGGACGACGACCACUCAGGUUAUACGUACCCUCUAUCAUGACGGUGGUUGGAAAAGAUAUUAUAGCGGUCUUGGUCCAGCUCUUAUCCAAGGUCCGGUUGCUCGUUUCGGAGACACAGCAGCGAACGUUGGAAUUCUUGCUUUGCUCAAUUCGAAUUCGUAUAUGAAGGAUCUACCGACCCCUGCGAAGACCGUUUUUUCUGCGAUUGCCGCUGCGUUGUUUAGGAUGAUUCUUACGCCUAUUGAUACCCUGAAGACGACGAUGCAGACACAGGGUAGAGAGGGUCUUUCUAUCCUCAAAACACGUAUCAAACUGUACGGCAUCGGAACUCUUUGGUACGGUGCAUUGGGUACUGCAGCUGCUACAUUUGUUGGCUAUUAUCCUUGGUUCGGAACGUACGACUACCUCAAAGCACAUCUUCCUAACCCCGACUCAACAUAUGAAAAGUUUCUACGACAAGCUUUUAUCGGAUUCGUCGCGUCCGUCGUGUCAGAUACGAUAUCCAACUCUUUACGCGUUUUGAAGACCUACCGCCAGGUUAACCAAACGAGAAUAACUUACUGGAAUGCGGCUAAAGCUGUGGUGAGGCAAGAUGGCGUACGAGGAUUGCUUGGGAGAGGUCUCAAGACUAGGAUUCUGGCGAACGGGUUGCAAGGGUUGAUGUUCUCUGUGCUGUGGCAGAUGUUUUUGGAUUUAUGGAAAUAAAACAUGUUGGAGUGACGUGGUUUAUUCGAUGUACAAUGUACAUGUACAUCCAAGCCACGGACCGAUCAGAAAUGGCAUGUUAUCAUAAUUACUUGCAAGGGAUCCUGAUAUAAUCUUCGGCAGUCAAUUGAAUAAGGCCACCGGGAAGGAGCAAUAGAUCCACCACGGACCCAGAAAGGUACACUAGAGGUUGUACAAUAACAUGGGUUUUAGAAUAGAUUAUAGAAGAAAGAAGAUAGGGAUCAUCGGAAGACAAGAGCCGGCCACGAUAUCAAAAAGAAAGAGGACAACCAUGGCGACCAAAAUGGCAUCGUCAGCGUUUAACGUUUAACUUGACGUCCAACCGCCAAAAAUGCCAAAAAUUGAUCUUCUACAAUGCAAAGGCGAGCAAGUGAAUGUUCCCUGAGAGAGUGAGCUACAAACCUGGCACCAUGUAGUGGGACCUGAGCGAGCCCCUUGUUCAUGUAUGAUAUGAACCAUGUCAAUUCCUCCACCUCAAACUCGCUCUUCAUCACCUCCACAACGUGCGAUUUCUUGCUCUCAGAAAGACAGCAUUUGUAAUUGGUCCACACGCUGAAGCUGAAGAGACGCUCCUUCGAGACAAUUUGUGGCAUGCCAUACUCGAGUGUGAAUCUGAAGCCGAAUUUCUCGUUGAAGUAAUUUUGGAUAUCAAUACGUAGUCUCCGCACAGUAUCGUCCGACGCUGGCAAUUUCUCAAUGAUUCCUUUCUUUACAGUAAAGUCGAGAAUUUUGGGCAUGGUGAAUGCGACGCCGAAAUCGAAGAUGGGAGGGUAAUGGUCGAGGCGUGGUUCUAUCCCUGGCAUGUCUUCGUCCUUCCACGGCGAGUUUUCCACCAUAUAGUGAAGCGUGAGCAUCUAAAAGAUAAGGGCACGAAUUCCACUCUAGGUCCUCUGCCUUCCUGAUUGAUUCCUGAUCCACCCCCACUUGAGAAUUUUCGUUGACAUUCCCUUGUUUCUCGUCAGACGGACUGAGAGAACGAGCGACAGUCCCACACUGGGGACAUUUUGAUGUCAUCUCCCUCCUGUCCAGUACUGUGAGUCGACGUUCAACGUUGGGAUUCAAAACCUGCAGCCUGCAGUAGGGUCGAUGGUAAAUUAUGAAUUUGAUAUGUGACAGAACACAGGAAAGCUUUGAUUUUUUCUGUUCCUAGAUUU